AUGGAUCGCCCGGGCACCCCGUCGCUGCCUCCAGAAUACACACUGCCUAGCUACGAGGAUGAGCACGAUACCCCUACUGGCCAGAGUGCUGCUGCCAUCAGGCUGCUGACAUCCUUCGAGGAGCCCUUCGACCACAGUUCGUCGCGUACAACACGGCCAUCGUAUCAGCCAAGUGUCGUUUCGUCACACUCCAGAUCAGACUCAGUCCUAGAUGAGACGCCCAGCAUGCCUCCUCCCGAUUCAAGCUACGUGCCUUUCACAAACAGGGAGACCACCUCUCCUCAUCGGCCUUGGACUCCAUCUUCCAGAGUAUCCGAAUUUUCACGGCCGCCGCCCUCAAACGUAUCCUACGAGCCUCCAGAUCUCAACGGAAGCCCGAGGCCUGGCACCCCAUCUUCGCGAUAUGGAGGAAGCCCUCGACGCCCUUUGCCCCCAGCACCGCUAUUCUCCAAGUCGAGCCGUACUUCCCAAGCUUUUGCCGACGAUGCAACUGUAACGAUCCCUCUCGACGGCGGCGACGAUGUCUUUGGCCCGGAGACUGAUCUAAGCGAUUCUCGGCCUCUGCCCAUCCACCGUGACUCGUUCAUGUCAGGAUCUCAAGAAACACUCAAUGAGGAGGCAGGGAGCUACGACAAGGUCGAGCACUAUGGUCCGGCUCCCGAUGGCGCCCAGGAACGGAGAGGAGUGCGAGCCCCUCAAAUGUCCAAAAAGGAGGUCCAACUCAUCAACGGAGAAUUAGUUCUGGAGUGCAAAAUUCCCACCAUCCUGUACAGCUUUCUUCCACGUCGCAACGAGGUCGAAUUUACGCACAUGAGAUACACGGCGGUUACGUGUGAUCCAGACGACUUCGUUGACAGGGGAUACAACUUACGACAAUCCAUCGGCAGAACCACGCGGGAAACAGAGCUUUUCAUAUGUAUCACCAUGUACAACGAAGAUGAGAUCUGCUUCACAAGGACCAUGCACGCUGUAAUGAAGAAUAUUUCACACUUUUGUUCUCGCUCACGCUCAAGAACAUGGGGUGAGAAUGGCUGGCAAAAGAUUGUUGUUUGCAUCAUCUCGGAUGGCCGCGAAAAGAUUCACCCACGAACACUUGACGCCUUGGCCGCCAUGGGUGUUUAUCAACAUGGCAUUGCAAAAAACUAUGUCAACAACCGUGCUGUCCAGGCUCACGUCUACGAGUACACAACUCAAGUCUCGCUGGACGCUGACUUGAAGUUCAAAGGCGCCGAAAAGGGCAUUGUCCCGUGUCAGCUCAUAUUCUGCUUGAAAGAAAAGAACGCCCGCAAACUGAACUCUCACCGUUGGUUUUUCAACGCAUUUGGAAAGGCACUGAAUCCCAAUGUUUGCAUUUUGCUCGACGUGGGAACACGACCUGGAAGCAAUUCUCUCUACCACCUUUGGAAAGCAUUUGACACCGAUUCCAACGUCGCAGGUGCCUGUGGCGAGAUUAAAGCUAUGAAGGGAAGAUUCGGAUCCAAUUUGCUCAAUCCGCUGGUUGCCUCACAGAAUUUCGAAUACAAGCUGUCAAACAUCCUUGACAAACCGUUGGAAUCUGUGUUUGGCUACAUCACUGUCCUCCCGGGUGCCCUUAGUGCCUACCGAUAUCAUGCCUUGCAAAAUGACGAAACCGGUCACGGGCCACUUAGCCAGUAUUUCAAAGGCGAAACGCUUCAUGGACAGCAUGCCGAUGUAUUCACAGCGAACAUGUACUUGGCCGAAGACCGUAUUCUAUGCUGGGAGUUGGUAGCCAAGCGAGGGGAGAGAUGGGUGCUCAAAUAUGUGAAGAGCUGCACAGGAGAGACUGAUGUUCCCGAUGCUGUCCCAGAGUUUAUUUCUCAGCGACGACGUUGGCUAAACGGCGCUUUCUUCGCGGCUGUUUAUUCCCUGGUUCAAUUUCGUCAGAUUCUGGCAACCGAUCAUACCAUUGCACGCAAGAUUCUGCUUUAUAUUGAAUUCGUGUAUCAGUUUGUGCAACUUUUAUUCACAUAUUUCUCACUCGCCAACUUCUAUCUUACUUUCUACUUCGUUGCUGGCGGUCUCACAGACAAAGCAGUCGACCCCUUUGGUCACAACAUUGGCAGCGUAAUUUUUACCAUUCUGAGAUACACUUGUGUGCUGCUGAUUGCGACACAAUUCAUUCUCUCGCUCGGUAAUAGACCCCAAGGAGCCAAGAAGCUUUAUCUAGCUAGCAUGAUCAUAUACGGGGUAAUCAUGACCUAUACCAGCUUUGCCUGCAUCUACAUUGUUGUUCGGCAACUCACAGGCAAAAGUCAGGAUUUUGCAAUCGGCAACAAUGUUUUCACGAAUCUCAUUGUGUCAAUGGCGUCGACAAUUGGAUUGUACUUUGUCAUGUCAUUCCUCUACUUGGAGCCGUGGCACAUGUUUACGUCGUCCCUGCAGUACUUCUUGCUUCUGCCGAGCUACAUCUGCACCCUGCAAGUUUACGCCUUCUGCAACACCCAUGACGUUACCUGGGGCACGAAGGGUGACAACGUGAUGAAGACAGACCUUGGAGGGGCUGUUGGCAAAGGAGAGACGGUCGAACUUGAAAUGCCAAGUGAACAGCUUGAUAUCGACAGUGGUUAUGAUGAGGCGCUGCGCAAUCUUCGCGAUCGCCUUGCUGUGCCUGCUUCGCCCGUGAGCGAAGCCCAACUUCAAGAGGACUACUACAAGAGCGUACGAACGUACAUGGUUAUCAGUUGGAUGAUCGCCAACGGGAUACUAGCAAUGGCUGUUUCCGAAAUCUACAACAACAAGGGAAUCGGUGACAACUUUUAUCUGCGCUUUAUUUUGUGGGCCGUCGCCUCGUUGGCAAUUUUCCGAGCAUUAGGGUCGACAACGUUCGCCAUCAUCAACGCGAUAAACAUUGUCGUGGAGGGCAGGAUACGAAUGAAUGUCAGGAUUCCGUCCUGGAUGGGCGUUUUUGGGAGCAAAAUCAGCGAGACAGUUAGCAGCGUGGGAAGCAGCCUAAAAAGUUGA